AUGGCGGAGGCAGCGCCUCACCCAAACACUGCCCGCGAUGCAGUACCAAUACAAGAGAUCAUCUUCAGCUGCGGCGUCUGCCAGGCCACCCCUUCCGAGGUCUACGCGACGGUGGAGAGCAACCAUGGAUUCCACAGUGGCUCUGGAGAAGACGAUGGCAUAGUCACGAAGAUGUGGAUAGCGGAAUGCUCCCAUGUGAGCUGCUCAAAGCACUUCGAGGAUGGUGCCAUUCCCUUCCAUCCGCAAGACCAGGCUCCUAAAGCACUGUGCCCAACGUGCAUCGAGGACAACGGCGACAAACGACCGAAGGAGCUGUACAGCCUGCGCGGCGUAGAACAAGGUCAGUAUGAUUCCGCCAUACCCAUCGAGUGGUUUCAAUGCCCACCAAUGAAACUCGAUACGAGUGUGCCUGGAAUGAGCGCUGUCCGGUUUCAAUAUGUGGCUCUGUCGCAUUACGCACGCAAAGCGAGGAUACAUUGGAAGCAGGCAGAGAGCAAGCUAUAUGCAUCCGAGAAAGCUCACUCGCAAGAGCGGAAGGUCAGACGGUUAGCCCAGGCAAAUGUCGCAAAGUUGGAAGAACGAGUGCAGGUGCUUGAGCAAUCGGAGCGGCAGCUACAGAAGUGGGAGGGGCGGAAGCCCAUGAUCAGUCAUUAUCUGGAUCGGAUGGGCGAUAUGGCGAAAGAGCUCCGCAUCCUUCGAGGGCAGCUCCGCCAUCUGGGCUACGACGUCCCGGAACCUCAGUAUACCUUCGAGCCAUAUUCUGGCGCUGAUGAGAAGCACCCUCGCGAGCAACACCCUGCUGGAAACGACCUGCCCCCGGCACAACCAGGCGCUUCGCCCACGAUCCGACCUCCAGUUCGGCAGGCAAUCGAGCUCGAAAACUCUUCCUCAGCGCGGAAACGGAAACGUGAGCAUUUCGACGACGUGCAGUCCCUUCCUCAGCGAGCGGAUGUCCAUCGACCUCGUGGGUCCAGUCGCGAUCUCAUGCCACCUCCGCUUCCUAGACUGAACGCCGUACGACCGGCGGUUCCUGCUGGUCCUGGAAGCCACGAGCCUCCAGCGUCCCGACUUUCCACCUUUGGCCGUGCUAUGCCAGCUCCUCGGAACACCGAAUCAGCCGUCUAUCCCAGCAUCCGAGAUCAUGGCGAGCAUAACCAGGCUACGAUGCAUGCGCCACAGUCCUUCCACACAUCUCGCCCGUGGCAAUCUGAAGAAAGCAAUGCGCGCCGACCUUUGGACCGGGAGUCUGACAUUAUUCACCAUCCCAAGGAGAAUGGUAUGGGAGCUCAGGGUCAGAUACAUGGCGUACAGCCAUUCUCAAGACUAUCCAUCAACUCCCCGCCACGACCACAAUAUCGCUUCAGCGGCCAAGAUGGACGGGGCUAUGACUUGACUGCUCACGGCGACAUUGGACGAGAAGACCAGAAUCCGCAACCUUUCCACCACAAUCCGGCGUACAGAAAUCGUGUGCCAAAACACAGUUACGACUAUUCGCGCGAUGGAGUACCGAGCGCUGAGCGCCCAUCAGUUCGAGCAACACCUUCCCCACGCAAGAGGCACAUAGAAGCCCGUCCAGCAAACUCGGUCAUCAGUCCUUUCUUCAAGCGUGGGUCGACAGCAGUCCGCGCGCAGCCUUUCCAACGCCCGCCAGCAGGAGCACGAUUUGCCAGACCAGUCGAUGAGUUGCCUAGCGAUGCUGCUGCAGGAUAUUAUUCGGCGGGUAUCAGCGCUUUCAGUAACCCACGAUUCGAUCGUCCGCCAACAGAGAGAGUGGGCCGGCCACCGUCCAACGACCGCCUAUAUCGCUCUUACGAACGGCCGGCUGCUGCGGAUCUUGUCCGUGGGAAUCUGCAUGUCCCUCCACCGCCCAGCAAUGCUCGUGCCCAGCAAGGUUUGCAGAGGUUUUUACACCGCCCUGAAGUUCCAUCGCCACGGGCACCGAUGGCACCUCCAGUACAGCGGAACCAGCAACGCAUCUUGCUCCCACCCUCCAACUAUCGUCCAAUACAGUCAACUGCCGGGCAAGACUACGCAUUGUCUCAAAUCCACGGCGUUCGUGGAGUUGGCUCACAGCGGGGCGUUGCUCGUCCUCUCGAACCCAUGCUCGGCUCUUCUCGCGACCUCUUUUCUGCUGCUGGUGCGAGACGGAGUGUGAGGCGGUGA